AAGAAGUCAAAGCUAUGGUGAAUGAGCUUACUAAAACUAUGAAUGAGGUAACAAGAAAACUGCAAGACCGAAAAGGGCCAGAACCUCGAAAGUGUUUUACAUGCCAAGAAAUUGGGCAUAUAUCAUGCAACUGUCUGAAUAAGAAGAAGCAAGAAAGGGGUGAGUCAAAAAAAGGAAAAGAACUUAUGCCGACGGUCAAUAAGACAGAUGUGAGAUUUUUCGAAUUCUUGAACAAUAAAGAAUGUCAAUCCAUAAGAAUAACAAUUAAAGAAAAGGUACACUGA